ACCGAUAAAACUUAAAUGGCAAAAACUGUAUUAAUAAGAUGGCAAACUGUAUGCCAACAUAUUCCUAAUCACUCUCCAUAAUUUUGAAUUUCAGAAGGAUAUGACCAAUUUACGUAUUAUAACUCUUUAAUUUGUUUCUUUGUCGAAAAAGGGGAAUUUAUGAGCAUCUUUUACUUCUGACAAAAUCACGAUGUCUUAGUAAAUGCAAUAAAGUUUAUUUUAAAAUCCAUGCUAAUCAUGAGUCCUGCUCAGAAAGGAAGAACAGGUAGACUGCCAGCUGUUGUGCUCAUAAUUGUUUUAAUGUUUGUAGAAGAAGGGUUACUUACAACUACUGAAACGCACGGACCAAAGUUUCUUGUGGAGCCUCUCCAGUUGAUAGAAUUUUCGAACGACAUAGGGGGUUCAGCACAUUGUGCUGCUACAGGUUAUCCACCUCCUCGUAUAUUGUGGAUAACAAACAAUGGAAAAGAAGUGACUCACGUUCCAGGUCUCCGACAUGUUCUGCCUAAUGGUACUUUACAUUUCCCGCCAUUUCCUCCAGAAUCCUACAGACAGGAUAUUCACGAUGCUUUAUAUCAGUGUACAGCAAGUAAUGUCAUCGGAUCGAUUCUUAGCGCAUCAGUUGAUAUAAGCGCUGUUGUCAAAAAGCCCUAUGAAGCACAGGUAUACGACGAGUUCGUGAUACUUGGAAAUACUGGAGUAUUCAAAUGUCACAUACCUAGCUUUGUAAAGGACUAUGUAACUGUUACUUCGUGGAUUAAGGACUCCAACACACGCAUUACUUCAACAGCGAAAGUUGGAGGAAGAUAUAGUACAUUCUCCAACGGAGUCCUUCACAUUCGUGAUGUUCGAGCUUCCGAUGCCUACAGUAGCUAUCAGUGUGUGACCACGAACAGAUUAACGGGAGAAUCGAAGACUAGUAAUUUGGUUGGUAGAUUAAUUCUUAAAGAACACCAGGCUAGUAUUACUCCUAGAAUUACAGACAGUACUCAUGUAGUUACUGCUAAAGAAGGAGAAUUUGUAGAGCUGCCUUGUGCCGCACAAGGUUUCCCUGUCCCAGAAUACAAAUGGUUUAAAAACUUCAAUGGAACGUAUAUUCCCGUAAUAGUUGGAAAUCACAUUCAACAAUUAAGUGGAUCCCUGAUUAUUGAUAGAGUGAUUCCUGCUGAUGCUGGGAAGUUUUUGUGUUCAGUGACCAGUGAUAUAGGUGAAACCGAACGUGAAACAACACUUGUUAUCACAGCACCACUUGGUGUCACAAUUUCACCAGAAAGUCAAACUGUUGAUGUUGGAGCAAAAGCAGCCUUUAACUGUUCAGUCACAGGUUAUCCAGUUACUAACAUCACCUGGUUGAAAAAUGGAGUAGUUAAUCAGAAGUGGUUUAUAAGUUCUUCAAAGUUUGUGCUCACAGUUCAGAAUAUUAGUAAAGAUGAUCAAGGAAUGUACCAGUGUUUUGCAGAAAACAGCAUAGGAAGUGUGCAGGCAUCUUCAGAGCUUAAAUUGGGAUAUGCUGUUCCAGAACUUGUUGAAACAUUUUCCAAGAAACUUUUACAACCAGGACUCUCUGUAUAUUUGAAAUGUGUAGCAAAAGGAACACCUAAACCCCAAAUAUCUUGGUGUCUAGAUAAAGCACCAGUCAUUCAAACUGGAAGAGUAACUGUUGCAGAUUUUGUUAAUUUGAAUGGAGGAAUUGUGAGUUUUGUCAACAUUUCAAGUGUCAGAGUUGAAGAUGGGGGAGUUUAUGAAUGUUUAGCACAAAGUGUAGCAGGAACAGCAACAUACAGCAAUAGAAUUGAUGUUUAUGGCUUGCCAUUUGUUCGUCCAUUAAAAAAUAUUACAGUUGUUGCUAAAGAAACAAUGAGAACUCACUGCCAUGUUAUUGGAUAUCCUAUUGAUUUCAUUCACUGGGAAAAAGACAGCCAGCGUUUACCUUUCAACCAUAGACAAAAAGUAUAUAAUAAUGGAACCUUGGAAAUUGGAAACCUUGAUGAAAAAGAAGAUGAAGGCACAUAUACUUGUGUUGCUCGGAAUAACCAAAGUCAAAGUGCAAGAGCUCACUUUUAUGUAGAUGUCAAAGUUCCACCUCUCAUUGGACGGUUUGAGUUUGAUAAGAAUUUGCAUGAAGGAAUGAGAACUCGAGUUUAUUGCAACAUAGCACAAGGAGAUCAACCAAUCACUAUUUACUGGACUAAAGAUGGGUAUCCUAUCUCAACUGAUUUGGGAAUAUCUGUUCGAGUGAUUGAUAACUUUUCUGUUGCCCUUGUUAUUAAUAAGCUUGAACCAACUCAUAAUGGUAACUAUACCUGUUUUGCCACCAAUGAAGCAGCAACUGUUCAGUAUACAGCUCAACUAGUAGUUAAUGUACCUCCUUAUUGGAUGAUUGAACCAACUAAUAAAUAUGUUAUACUAAAUGAGCAUGGAAACUUAGACUGUUUUGCCAUGGGAUAUCCAACUCCUCAGAUUACCUGGAAAAGAGAUAAAGUUGGCAGUGGAACUGAUUAUAAACAAAUUCUGAGUGGACCAGACUACCAGAUAUUUGAGAAUGGUACUUUAAGAAUUGCCAGAACAAAACUUCAGGAUCGGGGACAUUACCUCUGCCAAGCUAACAAUGGAAUUGGACCUGGGCUAAGCAAGGUUGUUCAUGUUACUGUUCAUGUUCCAGCACAUUUUGAGAUGAAAGAAAAGACAGUGACUGUGAUAAGAGGAGAGAAAGCUAUGCUGUUAUGUGAAGCUAUUGGAGAUAAACCUAUGGCCAUUGUUUGGAAACAGAAUGAUCAUCUUCUUAACCCAAUGGCAAAAGAGAGGUAUGCUCUGAAUGAGAAACUAACAAGAAAUGGGUUGGUGUCUGAAAUUACCAUUACUGAUGUGCAGAGAAGUGACACUGGAAGCUUUGUCUGCCUUGUAACAAAUGCUUUUGGCCAAGAUUAUAUGAAACUGCAGUUGAUUGUACAAGAGCCCCCCAGUUCUCCCCAGGAGAUCAGAGUUCUAGAAACAAGAAGUAGGUCAACGACAAUACAAUGGGACACACCUUAUGAUGGAAAUAGUCCUCUCCUAUUCUACAUCAUUAUGCUCAAAAAUGAAUCAGGGCAGGGGAAUGAACACUUGUCAAAUAUAACAGUAAAAGCCACUGAGAACAAAAUAGUAAUAACAGGUCUACAUCCCUCAUUUACUUACAAUAUUUAUGUUUUAUCACAAAAUGCACUUGGAAGCAGUGAACCAUCAAAUACCAUUAAUAUUACAACAGAAGAGGAAGUACCUGGUGGACCACCAACAUUAGUCAAAGCCAAAGCACUUAAUGCAUCAUCUGUUAAAGUAUCCUGGGAGCCUCCUCCUAAGAAUGUUCAGAAUGGUAAAAUUAAGGGAUACUACAUUGGAUACAAAGUGCAUAAUUCCACAGAAUUGUACCACUACAAAAACCUUGAGGUUCACUCAGAAGGUACAACAGAUUGUAUAUUGUCUAAACUACAGAAGUUUACAAGAUACAGUGUUCUUGUUCAAGCAUACAAUUCUAUGGGGGCAGGCCCUCGAUCAGAUGAAGUUUCAGUAUUAACUGAAGAAGAUGUUCCAGACCAACCUCCACAUAGUGUUACAUGUUCUACAUUGUCUUCUCAGACUUUACAUGUAGAAUGGAGAACUCCCCCUGUAAAAUCAAUUAAUGGAGUUUUAGUUGGAUUCCGUGUCAUUUACAGGCCGAUCAUUAAAUGGGCAGAGAAUUUAGAAAGUCACAAAGUUGAAAUUGAAGAUUUAUUCAUAAAUCUUGUUGGAUUGGAAAUGUUUACAAAUUAUAGCAUUCAAGUGGCAGCAUACACUAGAAUUGGAAAUGGUGUUUUUAGUGGUCCUGUGUAUUGUAGAACACAUGAAGGAGUUCCAGGAGAACCAGAAAACAUUAAGGUAUUCAUUAUGGGUCAAAAUGCUAUUCUGGUUAGUUGGAAACCACCUUUAAAACCAAAUGGUGAAAUUCUAAAGUAUACAGUUUACAUGAGCACAGAAUAUGAAGAAAGAAAGAAUAUAUCUAAAAUUGUUGUGCCUUCAAAUCAACUGACAUUUGAAGCAAGAAACCUUAUUCGUGGACAGUGUUAUAAAUUCUGGGUGACUGCUUCAACAAGCAAGGGAGAAGGGAAUUCUAGUCAAGUUAUUGAACACAUUCCAGAUAAUAAAGCCCCAGCAAAAAUAGCUUCUUUUGGUAGCCAUUUUGUAGUUCAACAACAACAAGAUAUAGAAUUAGCAUGCAGGGCAGUUGGUCUUCCAACUCCCUCUAGAAAAUGGAAAUUUAGAGGGAAGCUGGUAAACCAAAGUAAAAGAGUGGAGAUACUUCCUACUGGAACCCUGAGGAUUGAGAAAGUUCAGCCAGAAGACAGUGGAAAUUAUUCAUGUAGUGUAUGGAACAUGAAUGGAUUUGAUGAGAUAAUCUAUUUUGUAAAUGUAGAAAUGAACCGGAAACUACCAUUCCUGCCUCCUCCUCCAGUUCUCUAUAUUGACUCCACAACUACGAAAUCAGUUACAGUUACUUGGAGAAAUAUCAAUUUGAAAGAAAACCCAAUUAUUGGAUAUACACUAUAUUACAAAAAGAAUGGAAAUUGGCUACAUGAUAAUAUUCCAGGAAAUACAACCAGAUUUACUGUUAGUGGACUGGAUUGUGGUUCACACUAUGAGAUUUACAUGGUCAGCUUCAACAAAGUUGGUCAAAGUGAAGCUGGCAAUAUUCUUCCAGUUGGAACAAAAGGUGGAGGACAAUUGGUCUAAUGGACCAGCUACCCAAAUCAACACAUUUCUUGUGCUACUGUUUUGCUUUUGGGAGGUCAGUACAUGAAUUCUUCAUGGUACAUGUUUAUAAAGCUUUAGCUAUAGUUUUAGUUAAUAUUUAUGUGGAAAAUUGUAUAUCCUUCACACACAUGUUUCAGACAAAAUACAUUAUGUAUUGAUCUUUGUGCAAUGUAAUAGUCACUAUAGUACCUUUGACUGAAAAUUACUGAUAUUUCAACAAUGUAACAUUUAAACUAAUGUCUUAUUCACAUGAUUGAGAUAGAAUACAAAGAAAAUGCAACAGUAAUUAUCAAGUUUUUAAACUUCUGCUUUCUCACUUUUGGGGAUUUUUUGACAUAAACUUUUAAGACAUAAAUAAUUUGGAUGAGGAGGAACCCACUUUGAGACCAAUAAAGU